UCCUUUAAAAUAAAACAUCAUUAGACGCGCAACUCAGCUCUCUGAGGAGGCGGACGCUUUCGGAGAGUUCAUGGAGGGAUGUUACACUGUGGAUGUCUUUAGAGCGCGUUGACACGGACGUGGACUGUAUUUUCGGGGUUGCGCUGAUCGGAUCAUAAGGCAGAGAGAGGCAGAUUCAGGGGAGGGACGCCAGCAGCAGCAGCUCCCGGUCUCACUGCUCACACACAGGGAAAAGAGACAGGGCUGACACUGAUGCUGCUGCGCCUCUGAAGGGGAGAAAAUAAAUAAAAAUCACCCGGGGCAAUUCACCUGAAAUUUGAGGGAAACAGCACUGGACCACUAUGGAGAUGUCAGAAUCAGUUUCACAGCAGGAGCGGCUCCAGGCUAUUGCAGAAAAGAGGAAAAGACAGACAGAAAUUGAAAAUAAGAAAAGACAACUAGAGGAUGACCGACGGCAGCUUCAGCACCUCAAGUCAAAGGCACUGAGGGAAAGAUGGCUGCUGGACGGUGCGCCCUCUGCAGGACCGGAGGAAGAUGAGACCACAAAACAGUUGCGGGAAGACGAGGCCAAAACCAGAGGUCUUGAGGAGACCAUUCUGAGACUGGAGAGAGAGCUGGAGGAGCUAGAGACAGCUGUGUCUGCGACAUCCACCAAAGAGAACCUGUCAGACGCAGUACAGGAAGUCAACACCAAGACAGUCGAACAAACAGUUGUGACGGACUCUGUAAAAGAGGUCAAAGUUCACGUCAGCCCUCGUCUUGAGAAAUCCGGAGGUGUCUCUGACAUGAUGAGAGCAGCGAUGUACUCUGUAGAGAUCACAGUUGAGAAGGACCUGGUGACGGGCGAGACCAAAGUCCUGUCCACUAACACACUGCUCCCCAAAGACCUCUGGCAGCAGGGCAUCACGGUCUAUGAGGACGAACAGAAAGUGGUGCAUGAGGUGCACAGUGUGGACGGUGCAGUGACCAACGGCGUCCACCAGCUCAGCUCUUCAGAGGUGGAUGAGCUUCUCCUCAAGGCCGAUGAGGUGACCAUGAGCGAGAGCAACAAGACUACGCCGCAGCUGGAGCGAGGGCAGGUCGAGAAGGUGGAGAAGGUAGAGAAAGAUGUAGUCCCAGCCCCCAUUAUGGAGAUCACGGGUGUAGAAGCCAAACCCGCAGCCCCUCAGACAGAAGUGGGCGGGGCCAGCGCGGAGAACCCAGUUACGAUGGUUUUCAUGGGCUACCAGAGCAUUGAGGACGAGGAUGAAACAAAGAAGGUUUUGGGGCUGGAGAGCACAACUGUGAAGGCUGAGGUGGUGCUCAGCGAGGACGGAGAUGCCAAGACCGCCACCAGUGACAGCAAGCAGGAACAGGCGCCCCCUAAUGGCAGCCCAGCAGAGCCACCGAAGGCUGAAGAGGCAGCAGGCGAGUCGGGGCAGCCAGAAGGGGGCGCUGCUGAGGUCAAAAGCAAGGAGAAACAACCCUGCAAGUGCUGCACCAUCAUGUGAGCCCAAACACACCAUCCCAAACACGGACUUUACUGAUGAAAUGCAACAACAUGCAGAUAGAACAAUAGCAAGGCUGAGAGAAAUAAAAGUUCAGUAUCUUUUAAUAGAAGCUGUUGUUUCUUUAAUUGAUUUUUACCCGUUUUAUAUUUUCACUAUUACUUUAUCUUUUCCCCCUUGAUCCUUUCUAACCUCUUAAAUUUUAUGAAUUUUUUUUCUUUUUUAUUGUGACUGAAAUUAAUCACAUCAUUUGCGCUCCUGUGAGAGAAGCAUUAAGAUUUGACCUUUUAACUGAACUCAACGGAUCACUAUUAAAACAAUCCCAUCUAAUUAGCAUUUUCAUUUGGUUUGAAGGAUUCCGAUUUUUCACAUAAUUGUAUGCCGCAUGCACUACAAAGUUUUUUCAUUUUCACUUCACAAGGAAACUUUGAAGAAAAAGAUUGGUCUCAACAUUGUGCCCUGCACUGUAUUUAUUACUGAUGAAGCUGUGAGAAGUAUUUCAGUUAUUUCUAUUUUGUUUUUUGAGUUAUCCUGUGGGAUUGACCGAGCACACGCAUUUGCUUAGAAAUUAUUUGAAAAAACUAAGUGACCAUCGUACAGGAAAAUAGUUACAAAAAUAAUACAGAAAACAGUUUUGACUCAUCUUUGUUCUCCCGUGAGUCCAGUAGAUUGUGCUCUUUCAUAUUGAAAUAUAGGACAGGUGAGCUGAGGAUAUCUCGGUAAGCUUUGAUGGUUUCGAUGUUUCGAUGGUCGUUCAGUUAGACUGAUCCAGCAAAGAGCUUGCGCAUGUGUUUGUAACUGUUCCCUUGUGUUUCUAACUAAAAUAUAUAUUAUCCCCACUUGAAGUGCUCUAUUUGGAAAUAGAGAUCAAGAGUAGAGAGCAAGUUAUUCUCUCGGUUACUUUCCAACUGCUGCAUAAUAUAAACGUGCAUUGGAUCAUUUGUAGCCUUCAUCUGCAUGACUCAUGUGCAUUUUGAGUAUUUAAACAGCCCUGGCCUAGCUGUGUAUUUCGAUUGGAUGCCAGUCCGCACUGACGGCUCAUUCAUAACAAGUGACAUCAACAAACUGCUGCAGCCAAUCCUACGAAACAGCCAUCAUGCGUGUAAACUAGUGUCAGAAUAAGCAAAGCUCUCUCACGUCCACAGCAAUCAUAACAGUUCCCGACACAAAGACAGGAAGGACAAUAUCCACCCUUCCUUAGCUGUUCCACGGAAGUGUGGCCAGGGGACAGGAAACAUUUAAUAGGUCAUCAUGCAUAGUUUUAAAUCUUUUUCUCUCUUUCUUUAAAAACAAGUGUUAAAAUUUUUGGCAAAAGUUGAAAAAAAAAAGGUAGCUAUGAUGCCAAAUGCUUCAGUAAAAACAAAAGGCAUAUUGUUUUUGUAGCCUGUGUGAUCAACUGGUGCUAAUUUACAUUUAUUUUCAUGUUUUCCAUAACAUAUAAAUAUUUUUUUGUAACAUUAAAGGUGCAUUUAGGAGUCUAGUAUCACAAUCAACGUCUAAUAGUUAUAUGUAAAUUACACUGAUACCAUUGGGUUUUACACGGCAGUUUAUACAAUAAAUAUUUAAUUCUCUUAUCUGUCCAAAAAAAAAAAAAAGAAGAAGUAAGAAGCAAGCAAGCUUCACUAUACUUAGGAUUUUCUCCGUUUGUCAGAUCUGGUUUUUUGGCUUUGUCUUUUGGCUUCAGAGCAUUUCUUCGGCCGUAUGCUAGUGAUGGGAGCGUUUCAAGCGGUGCUUCACGAAGCUUUGAAACCUUUGGGAAUCAUUUGUUUCCAAUCAGUGGUUCAGAGUGUGUGUGAAACUGGCUCCAUUACAUCGAACCUUUGCGUUCAAACCAUUCAAAAUUCUGAUCUGGAGCACAUUAACCAGUGUCUCCGGUCAGUUUUAUAAUGUAGGUUCAUUUUUAACAAAUUUGAUGAAUUUUAAUAACCAUGCAUAUAUAAUGAAAAAAUAGGAUGAUAGUUAAAUGCUUCUAAUUGGACAAAAACCUGCCUAAAACAAGCAUACAGAAGUAUAAUAAAUUACACAGAUGCUUUGUAUUAAAUGAUAUUUAAUGAUUUGUACUACUAAAUCCACCUUUAUAAGUUACAUUGGAGCGUUUGUUAAUGAAUGUUAAAAUAGUUUUGUACCUUACUUAUAAAUUGCUUCAUUUAAUUUGAUGGCAAAUUAUUAACUAAUUAAGGGGAACUAAAUGAUGUGGCAUGGCUAGCAGCUAGAGGUGUGCUAAAUGAAAUGUGUGUGCGUCUUGUGUCUGUGUGGUCGUAUUUAAGAUUUAUAUCAGUUAAUCUGUCAUAUAGCUCUUAUUUUUUAGUCACAUUAGUUGCCCAAAUUGCUGGGAUGAACUCUGUGGAAAUCGGUGUGUAUUCAGAAGCCCGGGAGUCAAAUGAGGUCAACAUGAAUGCAACAACAACAACAAAAACAUUCACUAAUGUAAAUAUUUUUGGAUGUAAAGAAGCAUCUGUGAGGUUAUAAGUAAUAGUUCAAGAACCAGUUUGCUUUCCUCCCAUUGCUCAUCUGGGCAGCUUCUUUUAAAGUCUUCACAUCAAUGUGAGUUUAACGGUUGCCACUCACCUUAAUGUCCGUCAGUACUAACAUUCCAGUUCCGACAUGUUCCUCAUCCCUGAAUGCCACGGGCCUGGCGGUUCUCUUUUGUAUCGUUGCAUGCUUUUAUAAGUACAUAAAUCACACAUAUCUACAUAUCCAUUUUCAUGUUAGAUAAUGUCCCUGUGCUUGAUGACAAGCUGAGCUCAAAGGCAUGGUAGAACAGAGGAGAACAUGGAGAGAUAUAACCAGGCAUUGGUUCUCCUGCUAAUGAGCGUGUGUGCUCUUACUGCCACUGUUGUCUGUGCGUUGUGAAGGUCUGCUUUCUUAUCAACCUGACAGAGCUGUAGAAAGAGUUGGAACGAGACAUUAAAAUGUGACGUGCUUUACGGUAA